UUAUUCGCCAUUUCCAUUACCUCUCAUUUCUCUUGGCAAUGGUACGUUUUCCCGUUUCACAGAGUGCACGUAUAACAGAGGAGGGAGGAUCGAGGUUAUAAUUAUAGAAAUGAGACAUACACAGUACCUGCCUGUACACAUGAACAACGAAUAGCAACUUGUGUUAAGGUGUUCACUUCAACACUCCAUAGAAAGAUCUUCCAAAAUGAGACUAAAAGUCGGAUUUAUCUUCCGUUGUUUACUUCUCAUUGUUACGUUUUUUGUAUUAGUCGUGUUGUGGUCUUCAUUAACCAAACCGAUCGCCGAGAAUCAUUCUGGAGCGCGGGAUGAUGGAUUGCUGCCCAAAGGAGACAGAGCAAACCAAUUUCAGCCUGUUGUACCCUGGCCACAUGUGGAAGGGAUUGAAGUAGACCUGAACUCAUUCGGACUGAAGUAUGGAGAGGUCAACCAAGUGCAAAAUCCCAACCAGCAGGCUGAUCAGAAGAAGGUUAUCCAGCAACAGUUUGCAACAUUCAGACCCAACUUACACAAUUACGAUGCUCCCAUCCUCAAGAGAGGUGUUCUUGGAAACUUUGAACCCAAAGACCCUGAGCCUGCAGGGGUCCCAGCUGGCCCAGGAGAAGGAGCCAAGCCAUUUGUUCUGGGCCCAGAAUACAAAGAAACCAUCCAAGCAUCCAUCAAAGAGUUUGGCUUUAACAUGGUUGCGAGUGACAUGAUAUCGCUAGACAGAACCAUUAGUGACAUACGCCAUGAAGAGUGCAUGUACUGGCAUUAUGAUGACAGACUGCUGACUUCCAGUGUGGUGAUAGUCUUUCAUAAUGAAGGCUGGUCUACCUUAAUGAGAACCAUCCACAGCGUUAUCAAGAGGACUCCCAGGAAGUACUUGGCUGAGAUUGUCAUGAUAGAUGACUUUAGCAACAAAGUCCAUUUGAAGGAACGUUUGGAGAUGUACAUCAAGCAGUGGAAUGGUCUUGUGAAACUCUACAGGAAUGAGAAGAGAGAGGGUCUCAUCCAGGCACGAAGUAUUGGAGCUAAGAAGGCCACAAAGGGACAGGUGCUAAUAUACUUGGAUGCUCACUGUGAGGUUGGGGUCAACUGGUAUGCUCCGUUGGUGGCUCCGAUUUCAAAAGACAGAACGGUGUGCACUGUUCCUUUAAUCGACGCGAUCCACGGCGAAAUGUUCACCAUUGAGCCCCAGGGUGGAGGAGAUGAAGACGGCUUUGCUCGAGGAGCCUGGGAUUGGAGCAUGCUGUGGAAGAGAGUUCCUCUGAACGCCAGAGAAAAAAAACUCAGAAAAACUCGUACUGAGCCAUAUAGGUCUCCAGCCAUGGCAGGGGGUCUCUUUGCUAUAGAGCGUGACUACUUCUUUGAACUGGGCCUAUAUGAUCCUGGAUUACAGAUAUGGGGAGGAGAAAAUUUUGAAAUAUCAUACAAGAUAUGGCAGUGUGGUGGCCAACUGCUCUUUGUCCCAUGCUCUCGUGUUGGCCAUAUAUACAGACUUCAGGGAUGGCAAGGCAAUCCUCCCCCUGCACAUGUUGGUUCCUCACCUACACUGAAGAAUUAUGUUCGUGUGGUGGAGGUAUGGUGGGAUGAAUACAAGGACUACUUCUAUGCCAGUCGUCCUGAAACCCUCACCCUUGCCUAUGGAGACAUCAGCGAACUGAAACACUUCAGGCAAGAACAUCGGUGCAGGAGCUUCAAAUGGUUCAUGGAAGAAAUUGCAUAUGACAUUCCUUUACACUAUCCCCUGCCUCCAAAAAAUGUUGAAUGGGGAGAGAUUCGGGGCUUUGAGACAAGUUACUGUAUUGACAGUAUGGGACACACAAAUGGAGGGAAUGUGGAAACUGGACCAUGUCACAGAAUGGGUGGAAAUCAGUUGUUUCGUAUCAAUGAGGCCAACCAGCUGAUGCAGUAUGAUCAAUGUCUGACCAGAGGAAGUGAUAAUUCAUCUGUCAUCAUCACACAUUGCGACCAGAACCAGUACAGUGAAUGGAGAUAUUUCAAGGAUCUCCAUCGCUUCACCCAUGUACCAACAGGCAAAUGUUUAGAUCGCUCAGACCUCCUCCACAAAGUGUUUGUAUCCGAUUGUGACACCAGUAAAAGUACUCAAAAGUGGGAGAUGAACAACAUCAUGGCUGUAUAACGACUGCUGAACUUGUAUACAAAGAAAGUCAUUUGGAUUAUGGUGAAGCAAAUGGAUCACCAAUUAUAAUAUGCAGUCAUGCAUGCCAUAAAUAACUGGGUUAAUGGUGGGUCCUUUUUGAUCAGCGCUAUUCACUUGCCAGGGUAUGGCAACCAUCUUACCCACUCAAGACAUGAAUCAAUGGGGGAAGGGGAGGGGGUGUUGAGUUGAUGACGUACAUUCCAGAAACACAAUAUUAUGUGUUCCACUGUGCAACAUGGCCUAUGGUUGGGGUCCAGUUCUUUAUGAUACCAUGCUUCUCACAGGAAAGAUUUAAAAAAUUUAAAAAUGUAUAUAUCCAUCACGGCGGUGGGUUUGGUGGAUGGGAUUUUAAUGCCGAGUCACUGAUAGUGCUAUUCUGUUUUAUGCACCCUCCAUUUUAAUAAUCCUGAAUGAGUGCUAUUUAGUCAAAAGAAAAGUAAGAGGUGUAAUUAAAGUUUCCCUUCAGAUUCAUUAUGAAGCAGGAUCCCCACAUACUGACAAUCAGGUCAAGUUUUACCCCUUCCCCUGCCUUUGUGACCAAAGUCAGCCAUGGUCUGAAUUUCUCUGAAACAUUAUCCUAAACAACUAUCUCGCGGUGGCGGUUGUGUCAAUCGUGUGUUGUGUUUUCCUUGAUGAUCUGCAGGAAAAAUAGUUUUGACUGAGUUCUAUAUUUUGAAGGUCCUAUAUUUUGGUCAUUAAGACCUCCAUGGGAAGACUCUGUAACAUGGACUGGAUUAGAAAUGUCAAUUUUAUUUAAAAAGAAAAAAAAAACUUGGUUUUAUCAUACAAGUGUCCAGAAAAGACCACUCUGACAGCUAAUUCUGUGUGACACAGUUUUGUAUCCGCUUUGUCCAUAUUUGUCCUUCCUCUGAUCGUUUCCUCUCUGUACAACACCCAAAGCGCACUAAUUGUGAGAGCACACGUUUGUUGACACCGCUGGCUUGGGUGCAGAGAGGUAGCCUGAGAUCUUUGCUAGUGACGUAUAUAAACUCGAGAAAUUCCAAAGACUGGGUUUCAGCCCUCUCAGCAGAAAAAUGUCUCUAACUCGGGAAUGAUUUUAAAUCAUAUUACACAUUUGGUAAGGCACCAUGGAGCCAAUUGCUAGUUUUUGUCUGUUGCUGCACAAAUAAAGAAGCACCGUGUUGUGUUGAGAAUGGGUCUCUGAAGACCACAACAAUUAAGAUAAUACAGUUGAACCUCUACUUACGAAAACAAUCCAUUCCAGAAGUCAUUUCGUAACGUGAAACUUUCAUUAGUAGAAACGCAUUUUUCAUGUAAAUAGCCUAAACCGUUCCAAACCCCCCACUGCCACCAAAAAUAAGCAUUCAACGUGUACAUAAUGUAAAAAAUUAUACGGAAUUAUGUUAAUUUACCUUAAAAAUAAGCAUUCAAAAUGUACAUGAUAUAAAGAAUAAUAAAAAAUGAUGACUUACAUUUGGUAUUGAGUGCGUGGCGAGGAAAAAAAGGCAUCAAGGCGGAGGCGCGCACAUAAUUCCACUAAAAUUAAUAAAUUCCGCAAAACUAUGAAUUCAGAACAAACAUUAACUUUCAAUGUUUUCUGAAGUACCAAUCCAAGGAUGUUUGCCUUUGAUGGUUUUUAAUAAUCAUACAGAAAUGUGCAAGGCAAACGUCAUCCAAGUGAGUGAUCGCCUGAGCAGUUAACACAUUUUCCAGAUGAUACUUUUGAAUAAAUUCGGAAAUGUUAUGGACACUUUUUUUAUUCUGUCUGAUGGAGGAGUGGCUGCCUCCUCUUCUCUGCGGCAAACUGCCCCUUCAUUGCUGCGUUACAUCGCCUCCAGCCUCUCCAUCAAAAGAUCUUUGUGGUGCUCCUGAACCAACUCGUCAAUGUCCUCAGCCUUUCCCAGUGAAACAAUUUCCUCAACUUCAGCUUCAACCUCCACUUUGAAUCUCUCAAAUGUCCGUGUAGGAAGAGCAGCAGCACAGGCAGCCAGAGGCACGCACUUUUUUCAUAUUUUUCGAUUUCCUGUUUUGUUGUGAUGGACAAAACAACUCUCCUCUUCUCACUGGCACUGCCUUCAAUUUCUUGGGGCCCAUGGUGAAAAAAAGAUGAAUAAAUCCAGAUGAUGUUGUACAUCUUAAUUGUGUGUGAGCAAAAGAUUUGUUGAAGAAUAUUCAGGAAGUGCUUCAGGGGUAAAGAUUGACACACCCACCCAACCUCACCCAAAAAAAGAUUGACGUCACCAGGAUGAUGUGACGUGCUAGCCAAUAGGGGAAGCAGCUCUGUCACACCACACAAUUCAAGACAUAGGAAGUGCAUCUCUCCUAGCCAAUGUGAUGCCAGGAAGGGGCUACGGCGCUGGCAAUGGGAGAGCAGCUUUCACGCCGCUUUCAAACCAAGAUACAGUACAGGAUGUUGAUGUUCGGUGGAAUCCAGGCCCUUUCGGAUCCUAAAUUUCUUUUUUAACUAGAGAAACAUUUUUCGGGAGGUUUUUCAUACCCUGAAUCUUUUGUAAGUAGAGACGUUCAUAAGUAGAGGUACCACUGUACAGACAAUAUAAAAUACAGAAUUAGUCUUUGUCAAUGGUUAUUAGCUAUGGAAACAAUAUGAUCAUUGUUUCUUCACCCUUUAUUCAACAAGGGCAUAAAUUUCAGAUUUGAUAAAAAGACCUCAUGGAACCGCAUCAAAACAAAAUCUCAAAAGAACAUACACAAGUUUAUAUACCUUGUGGGAAAAAAAACUAAAUGUACAAUUGCAUUUUUUUUUUUCUGAAAUUUCAUGUACAUGACUGGAACAUGAUCCAACCCCAAUUUCAAUACCGUUAUGUUAAACAAUAAAAACAAUUAAAUUGUUGGAUUAAUUGGAUAUAAAGUUGUUUCACAUUUCCUCUUUGUUUUUAAUGCUCUUUUGUCAUGAUGUGCUUGAACAAUGAUUCAAUGAAGAGGCCCACUGGGUGCCAUGGAAACACCAGUGAUGCAUCAGACAACAAAGACUGACGAUCCUGAGUGGAUGGUGAAGACAUCACAAAGACUGACUUUGGCAUUUUUUUGUCAUGGUUGCUUGAUUGACUCAUGCUUUGUUGUCCUGUUUGCUUUGUUACAUUGCGGACCGCCCUAAGGAAAUAAAAAAAAUAGGAUUUGUGGAGGUGUGGGCAGGAUGGGCUGGAGAUGGUGAGAGACAUGCCGUGUUCUUGCGAGCAAGAGUUCCUCUUGUCUUCCUUCCUUGUGAAAUCGUACUUUAAAUUUCCUAGGUUGAGUGAACCUGGCACACUGCUGACGUAAUCUCUGACAUAGUUUUCAACUGUCAUCGGUUACAUGAAUUUGACAACAAUGAUGUGUAAAUCAUGUUCAAUGUAUAUUUAAUUGAGUUCACUGCAAAGGUGCAAUGAUUGGGUAUAAAAUGAGCUUCCCUGAAUUGGCUGCACAAAGAAAGAUGGGGAGAGGUUCACCUCUUUGUGAACAAGUGCAUGAGAAAAUGGUCAAAAAGUUUAAGGACAAUGUUCCUGCAUGUACACUUGUAAGGAAUUUGGGAAUUUCAUCAUCUCAAGUCCAUCAUAUCAAAAGGUUCAGAGAAUCUGAAAAAAAAUCCAUCCAUGUAAGUAGCAAAGCUGAAUAGCAAUUUGCAACUUUGAAUGUCCGUGAUGUUUGACCCCGGCAUUAUCAAGCUCCUUAGUGCCACACCAGCAUGCCACAAAGCAUGCUAGGAGCAUGUCAAUAGCUUUAAAACUGCAUGCUUUGUCAAUUGUUUCGUGAGUCAUUCUUUUGUUUUGUUUGCAAGUUAUGCUAUUCUGUUUGCUGUGGUGUGAUAGAUUUUGUUUCAAUUACCCCGUGAGUGUGUACAACAUCAAUAAUGACCUGACUGUGUAGGGCAAUGUAAGCUUCUGCUUACAGAUGUGAAAUGCAAUUGUUAGGGAUCAUAAGCGCCAUCGUGUGAUGGGUUACAUCCACACCAAAACACGUGCUGACGUGUACUUUCUGUGUAGCCAGUGUGUAUUAAUACUGCACCGAUUAUUCACGGAAUUUUGUUAACCGCAAGGGUGUAAGGAACGGAACCUCUGAAUAAUGGGAGAACACUGUAUUUUUGUGAGUCAUUUUGUUGUUUGUGUGAAUUGGGAAUAACAAAAAUCAGUCAUCUAAUUUCCAUUCCCUAUAUAAUUGCCAAGUGUAAACGACGUGAGAUGAGGUGUCAAUCAUUUUUGCAGGGUGUCAAGCAUAUUACUAUUAUCGGAGAACAAGUUGUAUGUAUCAUUGUGAAAAUCCAUAAUGGGUUAACACAUCCGUGGGAAGCGUCCCAUUUUUGGGACAUCAUGAUUUUCACGCAUUAUAUCCUUCAGUAUAUCAAAAUAUUUUAGUGUUUUAUUCUGAUUCUGGUUUUUGGGACGAUCGACUAAGAAAACCCAAGUACCCUCUCGCGGGCAGCGUCCCACUUUUGGGAUGAGAUUAUAAAUGAGUAAAGUUAUAUAACUUAACCAUAAAUGAAAAAGAAGUGUUAUUUCCCUGAUUGUGGCCUGUUAGGAGACUUUUAUCUCAAUAAGGCAAAAAAUUGCCACCCUGCCCAAGAAUGGGUUAAAAAUAGUAUUUGACUAUACUGAAAGUAUACAUGUAUGAAUGUUGGGAACUUAUUCAAUGAAAAAUAUCUUUGAAAAUAAUAAAUGACCAAAAAUGUGGGUUAUUCCGUCAGGAAGGGCAUCCGGCGUAAAAAUUGUGCCAAACAUAUAUAUGCGUUCAUCUGAGAUGAUACGCUGUGGCGACCCCGAAAAGGACAAGCCGAAAGGAAAACAACAACAUUCUGUAAGGGUAAUUAUGUAUGCUGUAAAUGGGACAGUUUCUGAAAAUUAUUUAAAAUUUUUUUCUUCAAUCGCUCUUAAUGGCAUUUCAAAUGUCGGGAAAUGGGAUUGAUAAAUUAAUAAAAUGAUG